CGCACGUGGUCUCGCGGAAUGUUGUUGUUGUCCGUCAACCGUAACGCUUUCACGUUGUUGAAAAGGGUUGGAUAAAAUAGUAUAUAAAGGGUGAAAAAAGCACAAAAAAUUAACAAUGACAAACACGAAGAAAGUGAAGGCGUACGUGAAGAAAAAACGUACGCCAGAGAGUAAGAUAAUCGAGCAACUGCGGUCAAAGUACAACACGAUAGAUGUCACGAAAACAAUAAAGUUCAGUGACCUGCCCUUGUCGAGAAACACUCUCAAGGGCCUAACAGAAAACAACUACAUCGAGAUAACGGAUAUUCAGAGACAGAGCAUCGGCUUGGCUCUGCAAGGCAACGAUAUUUUGGGAGCCGCGAAAACCGGGAGUGGCAAAACGCUAGCUUUUCUAAUUCCGGUCUUAGAAAUUUUGUAUUGCAAGCAAUGGACGAGGUUGGACAAUCUUGGUGCGAUAAUUAUCACACCAACCAGAGAAUUGGCGUAUCAGAUAUACGAGACGUUGCGAAAAGUAGGUCGGUAUCACGAAAUCUCGGCGGGUCUGAUCAUAGGAGGAAAGGACUUGAAGUUCGAAAGAAAGCGCAUGGAUCAGUGUAACGUGGUCAUAUGCACGCCGGGACGUUUGCUUCAACAUAUGGACGAAAACCCUCUGUUUAAUUGUGUAAAUAUGCAGAUACUAGUAUUAGACGAAGCGGAUCGUUGCUUGGAUAUGGGAUUUGAGAAGACCAUGAAUUCAAUUAUUGAGAAUUUGCCGCCUGAGAGACAGACGUUGCUGUUUUCAGCGACCCAGACAAAAUCGGUGAAGGACUUGGCCAGAUUGAGUCUCAAAGACCCGUUGUACGUAUCCGUUCACGAGCACUCGACCCACACAACGCCAGAAGGUCUGCAGCAGAGUUACAUCGUGUGCGACUUGGAAAACAAAAUGGCGAUGCUCUGGUCCUUCAUACGCAAUCAUUUGAAGCAAAAGAUUAUUGUGUUCUUCUCUAGCUGUAAACAGGUAAAAUACACGUUCGAAGCGUUUUGCCGACUGCGCCCCGGUAUCAGCUUAUUGGCUCUUUACGGCACGCUUCAUCAGAUGAGAAGGAUGAACAUCUACGAGUCAUUCUGUAACAAGCAACAUGCCGUUCUGUUUGCCACCGAUAUUGCUGCUCGUGGAUUAGAUUUUCCCGCUGUAAAUUGGGUGGUCCAAAUGGAUUGUCCCGAGGACGUCAAUGCGUACAUACACAGAGCAGGCAGAACCGCCAGAUUUAAAAGCGGUGGCGAGUCUCUUCUGGUCUUGUUACAGUCCGAAGAAACGCUGAUUGAACAACUCAAACAACGUAAAAUUCCGAUAAACAUGAUAAAGAUCAAUCCAACCAAACUGCAAUCACCGCAACGUAAACUCGAAGCGUUACUCGCUCGAGACGUUACCUUGAAAGAAUCGGCUCAGCGAGCCUUCGUGGCAUAUGUCAAAUCGGUCUUUUUGAUGAAAGAUAAACAAAUCUUCAACGUACACGCAUUGAACACGGACGCGUACGCCAAAUCGUUAGGUUUAGCCAUUCCCCCGAGAAUACGAUUCUUGCAAAGAAUGCAGAAGAAAAUGUCAGCCGAUGGUAAGACUAAAGAGAUGAGUGAAAAUUCGAAGGAUGCGUCAGAUGACAGCGAAGACGAGGAAGACAGCGGGAACAUUUCUGACGCGAGCAAUAUCUCCGAUCGUAAGAGUAACGAGCAGAAAAAACCGGUUAAAGAUACUGCCGCGUUUCAGUUUGACGACAGCGACGAUGAGGAGAUAUUGACCAUAAAACGAAAAAAUAUAGAUCUCGACGAGAUACCGGUGAUAGAAAACAACGAUGACGAUAAGAAAGCUUCGAAGAAGAAGCCUGUUACAAAAGCCGCAGUGGCCAAAAAGAUUCUUAAGAAGAAGAUUGUACCUAACAAGAGGAUCGUGUUUGAUGACGAAGGACAGGAAAUAAUCAAUCCCACCAAAACAAAAAUGUCCGAACUAGCUCGAGAAUAUGAGAACGAGUUAGAGUCUGGUAUCGAUAUCGAAAAGGUCAAACAAAUCAUGCGUGAGGAAGACAAGUUUGAUAAGCAAAGAUUCAGGGAUAAGGUCAAGGCGAAACAUAAGGAAGAAAAGAGGAAACUGAAGGCCGCUAAGAAGGCGGAGACAAAUGAAGAAAAGGAAGAGGCAGAAAUGGAAGAUGCAGAUGACGAUGAAAUGAAAGAUGAAGGUGAUGUCAGUGAUGAUGAAUCGAGCGAAGAUCCGGACCUGUCAUGGAUGCCCGAUCCGGAUAAGAUAUACGGCAAGCAACAUAAUACAGAAAGAGAAGACAAAGAAGAAGAAUCGUCGUUCAACGAGUCUGAAGAAACCGAAGAAUCUGAAGAAGAAAGUAAUAUCCACAGACCAUCCAAGAGGAAACUGAUAACGCAGGAAGAGCACAAGCGAAAAAGAAAGAAGCAGAAAACACUGGACAACACCUUCGACUUGCAGACUGACGAGAAAUUGGCCUUGCAAUUGUUGCAGAGUUAAAAUCCAAAACGUCUGUAGAAAUGCAAAUUUGUAUUUUUUUUUUAUUUAUGAACGAGCAGCGUAAAUUUUACGCAAUAUGUACAUUUCACAACAUAACAAUUACCUUAUAAGAAUAAAGUGUAAUGUUACAUUGU